AAACGUGCAUAUGAAAUAACUAAUCUAUCAUUAGUUUAUCUAGGAAUAGUGUAACACGCGUUUUCAUAAUCUUCUAAACCUCUUUCCCAUUUUUGAAGAUUUUUCAUUGUUUAUGGUUUUUUUAAGGGUGUUUACAUGUAGGCCGUAGGGCUAACGGCCCAGUUUCUUUUUAGGCUACGGACAUGACAUGAGCGUUGAGCGUUUUCAAAUUUUCAAAGUUCGUUUGACGCUCUCGCUGAUGCUCAAAUAUCAAAAUUUUUUGAUAUUUCUGAGCGUUGAGUGUCAUCGCUCAGAAAUAUUCUCGUCAAAAUCGUCUAACGUUAAGAUUACGUUUUUUAAAUUUUCGCCAACGCUCUCGCUAACGCUCAACGCUCAUGUCGUGUCCGCAGCCUUACUCUCUCUAGUUUUUUUACUCCCCAAGAAUUUUCUGAAAAAUAAUUCACCAUUAAAGUCAUGAAUCGAUUUGAAAACCAAAACCAUGUUAACAAUGUUUUGUGCUUCUUUUGGAACACAAUGCCCUUGGAAAUCUGCAUUUUCCAUUCAAUGUUCAUGGUUCAGGAGACUUUGAAAAUUGUGAUGUGAAUUUUAGUCGGUUUUCUUAACAAAAUUAUCAAAAAGUGUGUUUUGAUUUUAAGGAUUGGACGUGCUAAUUUCCAUCAAAAUGAGUUUGUGAGUACAUCGCUGAAUUCUACACACUCUGGUCUAUUAGAUGAGCCAGGGCUUAAAACCACCAAAAACCAAAUAAAACCACAAUAAACACGUUUUUUCAAUUGGUUUUAACCACUACCACAACCAUUUCAACUUCUUUUUGUAAAUUUCAAAAACAACAACAAAAAUGAACCAAUAUAAUAUGUUGGAAAAAAAUGAAAACCAAUUCAUUUGAAAAGAACCAUUUGGAAAAAAAUUGAAUUGAAAAAACCGAAAACACCAAAAAGUUGUGUUCUUUGGAGAAAACUACAACCACAAGAACCAUUUCAAUGAAUUUCAAAUGUAGCCAUACCUAACCAAUAACAACCAAUUCAUGAAAUAAGUAGUUCUUUUGGUUUCUCCAAUUUUUCAAUUUUUCUAGACUAGUGAUGGAAAUUUUCUGUUUUUUUGUCUCAAAUCAGACUUUUGUACCUUAAUUUGUUUUUCUGUAAAUUUUUCAAUAUUUGAAAAUAUAAUUUUUGAUGUAAAAACCAGCACAACCAUCAAAACUAUUUGAAAAUUUGAAAUGGUUUUUGAUAUGAAAAACCACUACUACCUACCACAAAAAAAAACAAUUACAAAACCAAAACCACAUCCAUACCAUAAUGAAAAAAAAAUUGAAACCAUUUCAAAACCAGAACCAGAAAAACUUUGAAACUUAAACCGUAGAGUGAUUGCAAAACCAAUUCAGAAACCAUAACCAAAAACCAUUAUUGUUGAGUCUUUUAAAAACCACCUAUCUCAACAACCAAUAAAAUCCAAAUGGUUUUAACUUUUAAGCCCUGAGAUGAGCUAGUUAUUUUUCAUCAAAAUUGUUUGUUAAAAAUUAGAGGGGGUAAAGAAUCUUGUUAAGAAAUGUGCGCUGAUUUCAAAAAGUUUUUUAGUUUUUAUCUAGCUUUAUUAGAUCAAAAGAAAUUUCGAGAUACUAUGUCCUUGGGGGGGGAGGGGUAAAAAAUAGGGCCGUUACCCCUGCUCCAGUCUCGAUUUACGUGUCUCGUUUUGGUCCUACUGUUGUUUAUUUAUUUGAGAUUAUACUCAUUUCAACUAGGUAUAAAAAUAAUGUAAGAUUAUAAUUUUAAAAAAAAAAAAGUUACAUUUGAAAAUAGUUGGCUAAUUUAAAAUAUUGUACAUGAAAUGUUCUUCGAAAUGAAUUUUAGUUUUUGUCGUGGUAACGAUGGCGUGUUCAUUACUACCAGUUUUUUACUUUUUUCUGACCGUUCAUUACGCUUUCAACGCUGUAAUUCAAAACUCCAACUCCCAUUUAGGACCUUUAUUUCCCAUAAACAACACUAACGUAGCAGUGCAUUUCAAAGGGAGUAAUGAGUAUGAAGCACAAUUGAAAUCUGAAAUAAGAAACGAAUUACGUAAUACAUCUGAUGCUUCCGAUGUUUAUUACAAUGAGCGAAACAUAUCUCAACUUUGCCCGGAAAUACCUCUUAAUCUGGAGGGCAAAGUGCAGUUAAUCACAGAAGCGGCUGGUUCUUUGAAAAGCUUACGCGAUGAAUUUGAGAAUUCUAAUCUUCAAAUUGAUGGACGUUACCAGCCAAAUGAAUGUCGAGCACGUCAUAUGGUUGCUGUUCUCGUACCAUAUAGAGAUCGUUUCGAACAUCUGAUUAUUUUUUUGAAAAAUAUUCAUCCGUUCUUACAAAAACAACAAUUGGAUUAUACUAUUUUUAUUGUGGAGCAAGCAGGCGAUCGCCCAUUCAAUCGCGGUAUGUUGUUUAAUGUGGGAUUUUUCGAGGCGAUGAAAAUUCGCCCCUUUGACUGUUUCAUAUUUCACGACGUGGAUCUACUGCCCGAGGACGACAGAAAUUUAUACACAUGCGCGAAUCAGCCUCUUCAUAUGGCCGUGGCCAGGAGUAAAUCCGCAUAUGAGUUACCACAUAUCAAUUACUUUGGCGGAGUUAGUGCCUUAUCCACUGAACAUUUUCUACUAGUAAACGGUUUCAGUAACCUGUUUUGGGGAUGGGGUUCAGAAGACGAUGAUUUGUUCAUGCGUGUAAUGAAGAGCGAUUUGAAUGUAUCAAGAUAUUCCUCUAAUAUUGCUCGUUAUACGGCGUUGGCCCAUGAACAGCAAAAACCCAAUCCUGACAGAUUUGAAAAAUUAAUCGAGAGUCAAAAACGUUUCCAAACCGAAGGACUAAACAGCAUAGAGUAUAAAAUACUGGCUCUUCAACCGUGGAAACUUUUCACAUGGAUUUUGGUCGAGCUCGCGGUACUUUCAUAAAACUUUGUACGUCGUCACGACGUAGGUACAUUGAAAGCUGUAGCAAUGUAGCGCCCAUAUUGUACAUAGAAUCUCUUACUUA